CCGCCGUCUAUGGGUAUUCGCUACCCUGUUGUGGAGAGGCUUGAAAAGUUGAUCUUGCAUCUCUGAUAACAUGAAUCAAUUAAAUGAGAUGAAAAUGCUACGCUCUUUGGAAAUUCCAUAUGCCUAAAUAUUCUCAAGCUUAAAGCAUAUGACGAAUAGUAUUGUUAUUGGUAUGCAUUCUCAGCCAGAAAGCAUCCAGCCAAGGCUUAAGAAGCAUGCUGCUGUUGUUGGCCUUGGCAUGGUUGGUAUUUCUUUCAUCGAAAAGCUUCUCAAGUACGAUUUGGACAGUGGACGCGACGAAUGGGAGGUUACUGUCUUUGGCGAGGAGCCAUAUAUCGCCUACAAUCGUGUUGGCCUCACACAGUACUUUACGAAUCGCUCAACUGAAAGCCUUUAUCUCAAUCCAUUGGAAUGGUAUUCAUCACAUGCCAAAGGAAAGCUUACAUAUCAUACUUCGGAUCUUGUUACUUCGAUUGACUUUCGGGCAAAAUGUCUUAAAACGGCCAACGGGCGACAGUUCCAUUAUGAUGAGUGCAUCCUCGCCACAGGCUCCGACGCAGCCUUACCGCCUUAUAUCUCAUCAAAACAAUUCCAAAACACCAGGGGUUGUUUUGUAUAUAGAAAAAUAAAGGACCUCGACAAUAUCAUUGACUAUGCCAUCAGUGCCCCCACCGUUAUUGGGCGCCGUAUUCGCAAGGCCGCUGUAAUUGGUGGUGGACUUCUCGGCUUAGAAGCAGCUAAGGCUCUUCUAGAUCUUGGAGAAGUCGAUCAGGUUGUCCUAGUAGAAAGAAACCGCUGGGUACUUAGUCGCCAGCUUGAUCAGGAAGGUGGCAUGCUGGUACUGGAGAAAGUUAGGAGUCUAGGCGUUGAAGUUUUGAUUCAAGCCCGAGUUCGAAAUCUCCUGUGGAACAGCGAAGGGAGACUCACUGGCCUACUUCUUCAGGGACAGGAUGGGUUACCGGAUCAACCAUACGACAUCGACAUGGUUGUGUUUGCUGUCGGAAUUAAACCUCGAGAUGAUCUCGCCAGAAGCAUUCCAAUAGACACGGAUGGCCAGAGUGGUGGUUUUACUGUCGACAGCCAACUCCGUACGAAUCUGCCCAAUGUAUACGCUAUCGGAGAGUGUGCCAAUUUCCUCGGAGAAACGUUUGGUUUAAUAGCUCCCGGUGUCGAAAUGGCUGAUAUUCUCGCUUUCAACUUGACAGAAGGGUCCUAUCACAGCAAGAGAGAGAUGAAAUCCCCGAAUAUUAGUACAAAACUCAAGCUUAUGGGUGUGGAUGUCGCCUCAUUUGGUGAUUUCUUUGCAGAUCAGGGGAAGAUCAGUAAACCACUACCAGGGGCUACGAGUGCGCAUGCGGCUCGAAAGGCUCUGGCAACGCCUCCCACGCCGGAUGACAUAAAGAAGAAGGUCAAAGCGCUCAUUUAUCGAGAUCCAUUUUCGGACGUCUACAAGAAAUACAUUUUCACCGCAGAUGGCAAAUACAUACUGGGAGGCAUGAUGGUUGGCGAUGUUAAAGACUACGUCAAGCUCGUCGCCCUCUGCAAUACAGGCAAGCCCAUCGAGAAACCCCCAGCCGAAUUUAUUAUUGGGGCUGCAAAAGAGGGCGAGGAGGAAGGUGACGAUUUGCCUCAUGAUGCUCAAGUCUGCAGCUGCCAUAAUGUCAGUAAGGGUGACAUUGUGGGGUGUGUAAAGUCCGGCGGUAUCCGUUCCUUUGGAGAGAUGAAAUCUUCGACAAAGUGUGGCAUGGGCUGCGGAGGCUGCGUGCCUCUGGCCACUAGCAUUUUCAACCGGGCACUCAAGGACGCCGGUAUCGAGAUCUCUAACCACAUUUGUAAGGAUUUCGCCUACUCGCGCCAGGAAUUAUAUCAAAUUGCCAAGUUCAGAAAACUAAAGGACUUCACGGCAAUGAUGCGUAUCGUCGGCAAGAAGCCCGAAAGUCUUGGUUGCGAAGUUUGCAGGCCGGCGGUCGGCUCAAUCUUAAGUUCAUUAUACAACGAGAACAUUAUGAAGCCUUCGCUGCGCCAGACACAGGAUACAAAUGAUCGUUAUCUUGCCAAUGUGCAGCGUGACGGCACUUACUCGGUUGUUCCACGUCUUCCUGCGGGUGAGAUUACUCCAAUGGGGCUUAAAGUUAUUGGCGAAAUCGCAGACAAAUUUGGACUAUACACAAAGAUCACAGGUGGCCAACGUAUCGACAUGUUUGGCGCGAAGAAGCAGGACCUUCCACAGAUCUGGGAGUUACUCGUUAAUGCUGGCUUUGAGAGCGGCCAUGCCUAUGGCAAAGCACUGCGCACCGUCAAAUCAUGCGUCGGUAGUACCUGGUGUCGAUAUGGUGUCGGCGAUUCAGUUGGUCUCGCCGUGGAACUUGAAAACCGAUAUAAGGGCCUUCGAGCUCCUCACAAAUUCAAAGGUGGUGUAUCUGGAUGCGUUAGAGAAUGCGCCGAGGCACAAGGCAAAGAUUUCGGUCUCAUUGCCACGCCAAAAGGCUGGAAUAUAUUUGUGGGGGGAAACGGAGGUGCAAAGCCUCGCCAUGCUGAACUACUUGCUGAAGAUGUAACUCGACGGCAAGCGAUCAAGAUCUUAGACCGAUUUCUUAUGUUCUACAUUCAAUCAGCAGAUAAGCUUGAGCGGACAGCCCGCUGGAUUGAGAGAUACCCCGGUGGUCUCCGGGGUAUAAAAGAGGUUAUCGUUGACGACAAACUUGGUAUAUGCGCCGACCUAGAAAAGGAGAUGGAGGUCCUCGUUGGUCUAUAUCAAUGCGAAUGGACCAAUGUUGUCAAUAACCCGGAACGUCGCAAGGCUUUCAAGCAGUUUGCCAAUACAGAUGAAACGCAGACGGUAUCAGAGCAAAUUACCGAGCGGGCCCAAAAGCGUCCCGUAGAUUGGCCCGAAGACAGCUCCCCACUGCACUUCAGUUUGUUAGAUAUUGCGAAAGACGCAAGUUGGGGAUGGAGAUCUGUCUGCACGCUUUCAGAAUUGAACCGCCAGAGUGACGCACCAACAUCCAUUGCUGUCAAAUAUGGUGAAGUUCAAUUGGCUGUGUGGAAUAUACCGGGUCGAGGCUUGCGCGCAUCACAAAACAUGUGCCCUCAUAAGAAGGCGUUUGUGCUAGCGGAUGGCCUAGUAGGCGAAGAUGAACAAGGCCGAGAGUAUGUGUCUUGUCCGCUACACAAGCGGAAUUACUUGUUGAAUCCCAACCCAGCCGAGGGAGGUGGAAGCUGUUCAGAUAUGGACUACUCAAUUAUGACUUUUGAGGUCAAGGCAGACGAGGUAAAUGACAAGAUACUCGUCUAUCUUCCUCCAACAGACGCACUUGACGCCAUACUUUCAACGACAAAGUGGAUGUUACGGAAGGCAGACGAAGAGCUGAGAGUUUUAGUAAAGGAUACAGAGUCAGCAAUAGAGAUUACAGAACCACUGCCUCCUAGCAGGAUGAGAGGCCAACUACCACACAUGGCUUCUCGUCAGACUUGUGGAGGCAGCGGUGCACUUGACUGGUAAAAAUACCUAAUAAAUCAUAAAACAGUUUGUUUAUAUAUGUCCUUUUAUGUUUAAUCAACUUGGUUUUCUUUGUCGUAACACUGGUCUUUUAAGCUGGGAGAUACAAUUUCCGUAACAAAAUAUGAAGUGUAUUUAGAAAGUUCCAAUUAGUGUUUCAUGACCAUCGUAUUUUCACUGUCAUGGCCGUCAUCGACCACUAUCUUGCAUAUUGAAAGCUCCAUACAUAACCAACUAUGCCGUUUGCGCACAUCUAUCAGCACCACUUCCCAUUUUGGUAGUCCCAUGUCUCCUUAUCUCUUGCUCUAUUUUUUGCCAAAAUACAAUAAGAUAAAAUAAAAC